CAGCAGAGGGUCAUCCCGAGUGUGUGAGAAGAAGAAGAUCGGCAAGCUCAUUGCUCAUCGUUCGUUGGUUGGUUGGUUGGUUGGUAGUUUGUCAGUUUUGAAGUUCUACUCAACCAGUGAGCAUCUAACCCCCGGCACUGCACGGCACGGGCAUCCGAGCAAAUCAAAGCAACCCAGCCUCCUCUCUCGGUUGAUGCGGUGUGGUGACGCGCUAGAGUUUCCGUUCUUUCUCACUUCUGUUUUGUGUGGCUAAAACCGAUCGAAAAACCAUUCUAGUGAAGACAUGUAAAUGCUUAAUUAGAUUCGGUGUGUGAACUACCUGGAUACCCGGAACGGAAACUCUACUCUACGGGGCCCGGAAAGGAGCAGGUGCCCCUGUGCUCUGUGCGAUUGUGUUGUUUGUGUGAAUCGCGUUUUGUGUCUUGCUUAUCUCGGCGGUUCCCCCGGUGCCGGAAAGGCGCGUUAGCAAAGCAGAGCGAGCACGCGGUGACAUUAGCCGCGGCGCCCGAUCACAAUGUCCGAACGGAACGAAGAUAUCAAGGAGGAGGAUCUCGGCGAGUACGAUCGCUACGUGCUGGAGCAGCUGGUCGUCAAUGAUUGGGGCCUAAGCGUCGCCACGCUGAACCGCAUGAUUUAUUGUGGCGUGAAUGAGAUGUGCUUGCACGUGAUCGAGGAUGCUGAGAUCAGCGAGCUGUUCAAUGAUCCACGCAUGCUGGGGCAAAAGAUUAUGUUCAAACAUCGGUUGAAACAGUGGCGCCUCGGUGAGCUGUUUUCGGGCAACCACGGUCACCUGAACCACGCCGCUGCCGCCAAUGGAGUGGCGACACCGGCCAAUGGGGCGCAAGCGUUGCUCCAGCAUCACCACCAGUUCCUGGCGGCGGCAGCAGCGGCCGCUGCCGCUUCUGCAGCCAGUUCUCUCAAUGGAACGGACGGGAAGCGGUCAUUUCCCUGUUUCUCCAACACCAGCCAGCAUUUGUCACCCGAAGAUGACGUUAUCAGCGUGCGUACGGAUCUGUGUGGAGGAGGAGCAGCAGCCACCGGACAAACGAAUGGCAACGGAACCGAACUCCUGAGGCCCUCGAAACGGCGGAUUCACGAUGAAUCACCCUCCUCAUCAGCAUUCGCUUCGGCGGCCAUGGUACAACAACCGCCGACGAAGCGAAAGUUUGAAGAGCUAUCCGUGCCCAAAGGCGGCUCGGUGACGCCGGCCAAAAGUACGGCGCUCGGUGAUGUUCCGGUCAAAAUCGAUCGCAACGGCUUGCUAAGGAUAUUGCAGUCGAGCCAAUCGGGACGCUCGAUAUUGACGGCAUUCCAGCCCCAUGAGCCGCUCGAUCGACGAGCACAGACCAUCGUCACGCACUGCAUCGUGGACCAGUUUCUUCAGUACAACAUUCUGUUCAAGCACCGGCUCAUGAGUCACUAUGCGGAAGUGAUUACGGAGCUGUUCCCGGCCGAAACGAAGGAGGUUUACUAUGCGCCCCGUAACACCGUCAAACGGAACACAUCCGGCAAGCUGUUUGAUCGCUACACGAACCAACGGUUGCGCCACAAGGAUCGGCUACCGCGCGUCAAACCGUUCGUGGUGGACGAGUGGAGUGAACACAAGACGUUCGAGCAGCUAGCGAUCAUAAAUGAGGCGGCGCAACUGAACGGCAGUGCCGGUGGUAAUGACAGUAUGCUGCAGGCUAAUGGCAGCUUGAUCGGGGGCACCACAAACGGCAGUGCCGAGGAUGCGCUAAACGGAGGCUUCGCGGAGGACUAUUCGAAUGGUGGCGGAACGGCGGGGGAUGACAAUGGAAGUGACGAUGGACACGUGAGCACGGAUUUUCUGCAACCGCUCGCUACCAUGUUCGUCGAGGGCGAGCAGCCACUGACCAGUAAUGGGACGACGACGACGCGGGGCGCAGUCAACUACUCGACACGGGAGGAGGUGGUGGAUGACUGAAUGGAAGGCAGCUUUUUUUUACUACUCAAACCAAGUGCCAAAUUUACAAUGUAAAUGUUAAUUAUAAUCAUUCAGGCGAAAUAUAGUAGAGUACAACAGUGCCGCGAGUAAAAUGAUCAAAUGAAAGAUUCAAAAGGGAACAAAUAAAAGUUGAUACAGUUAUUAUAA